AUGACGGCGCGUGCGGUUUCUACUCUGGCACCGGCUGCGGCUGUAAUGCCGCGGACCAUGGCCACAGCUUCAGCUACAGCUACGGCUGAGGCUGCAGUUUCGACCCUGCCUGUCUUCGUGCCGGGCUUCGAGCCGGACCAGUGGUCGCUGCUGCGCGGCAGCAUCAUAGGAUCGGCCACCGGCAGCGCGGCCGAAACGACGGUGACCAUCUUCUGCGACGACCAGUCGACGCUGUCUUGCCAGCUGGACAAUAUCCUUCCCUUUGUCGUCACAGAGGGGCCGUCCAGUCUACACUACGCAGAGUCGUUGUCGGGGUCGCUAACUGUCGCCAUCGACUGUCAGCUCGACAACACGACGGCAGCCGCUUGCACGGUCUACUCGUCCUGCGGCCCUGGACUUGGCCGAGCCAGCGCAUUCGAGACCGAAUGGUGUAGCACGCUGACGGCACCCAACGUGCGCUGGGGCGUGCUGACGCUUUCAGAUCCACCUGGGUCGUUGGCGACGACAUCGGCGUCGUCGCUGCUGCAUGUCGUGCCAUGGGCAACAGUCGUUGUGCUAGCCAUCUGUCUUGCUGUCCUCUGA